GACUAAACAGCAGACAUUCACAGCUCUGUAAAUUCAGCCGCAGUAAAACUCGACUUCCAUGAUGUCAGAGCUGGUGACACACUGGCUGAGCAUGCUGGGAGUCCUACAUUUAGAGUUUAGUGUAACACGCAGCAUCCAUUUAAACAGCACGUCGUGACCCCUUUAAUCCUGCCAAAGAGCAUGCUGGGAGUGUGGGUUGGACCUAUAAGAGAUCAGCAGAUGCAGUAAUGGAAAAACAAGGACCGCCACAUGUGGAAGAGAACGUUUUGAUUCGAAGCAUCGAGGAAGAAUACAGAAAAGCAUUUCUUUUCAUUAACAAAGGUUUGAACACAGAUGAAGCGGGUUACAAAGAGCAAGCUCGCAACUAUUACAUGCAAGGACAGGAACACUUGCUGAGAGGAUUAAGUGUUUCCUUACAGGGGCCUGAAUGCGUAGGUGCUGCCUGGGACUCUGCCAGACAAAUGCAAGUCAAAAUGCAUGAGACCCUGCAGAAUGUAAAUACUCGACUGAGUAUCCUGCAACAAGGCAUUCCUUCUGCUCCAGUGAAUCCAUUUGUUCCGGUGAAUCCCUUCGCUCCAGUGAAUCCACCAGCCCAACCAUCCAAUGUGUAUCCAUCCUUGCCACCAAAAGAAAGGCCUUCCAGACCAUCUGCUCCAAAUCUGAAUGUUUUUCCUGGGGAGCAAUGUCCUGCAAGUAAUGGUGCUUGCGUUGUACCUAGCAGUGAACUGGUUCCUGCAACGAAUCCCUUUACCGGAGGAGCAGCCGCUCCCCCAGCUUAUACUCCCCAGGCUACGGAUGGCCAUUACACCGUCUCCUAUGGGACAGAGGCUGGAGAGCUUUCUACAGUGGGAGAUGACUUUUACUCCCUUGCUCCUCAGCCCCCACCAGUACAAAGCCUUGGGGUGGACGCAGAGGAAAUGAUCCUCAUUCCACGAGGGGUGCAGAUAUUUUUUGUGAACCCUGAUGGCUUGGUCAGUGCUCCUUCAUAUCCAGGCUAUCUCCGCAUUAUAAAAUUUAUGGACACCAGUAGUGAAGCAGCCCAGGGCCGUCCACCUGCUUUCCUUCAGGUCUGUGAUUGGCUGUAUCCACUUAUGUGCAACCAAUCACCUGUGCUACGAUCAAACAGCGGAGUGUACAUGUUUCCUGAUCUGAUGUCUCAGGUCACAGGAUCCUAUGUGGGAGUCGUAUUGUCGGCUGAGCUACCUGUAGCUGACCAGGAGCUUUUUGAGGACCUAAUGAAGCAGAUGUCAGAUUUAAGGAUACAGCCUUCAGAAGCAUCAGAUGAAGUCAUUGAUUUGAGCCAAGUCGUACGUGUCGUUGUUCCUGCACCGAAAGAGAAGGAGGCUCCAGAAUGGAGUGCAAGAGUUGCCCAAGGAAUCCUCUCAGGUGCCUCCUGGCUCAAUUGGGGUUUUGUGAAAGGUGCAGAAUUAACAGAAAAGGCCAUUCACAAAGGUGCAACGAAACUAAGAUCCCACAUCCAGCCUGACGAACAGCCACUAGAGGUUAAUCCAACUGUCGCCAAAGGACUUAAUGUGGCCAAACAAGCCACAGGUGGAGCAGUUAAAGUCAGCCAGUUCCUAGUGGAUGGUGUUUGUGCCAUUGCCAGCUGUGUUGGAAAAGAGCUGGCUCCACAUGUGAAAAAACAUGGCAGCAAGCUUCUCCCAGAGUCUCUGAAGAAAGACAAGGAUGGAAAGUCCCCGCUGGAUGGAGCUAUGGUUGUCGCAGCCAGUGGAUUACAAGGAUUCGCAACAGUGUGGCAAGGUCUGGAGUAUGCUGGCAAGAAUGUUGCAAAAAGUGUUGCAACAGAGACUGUUCAUACUGUAAAGUACAAGUUUGGCAAAGACGCUGGCCACGCCACAGACAAUGCUAUGAAUUCUGCCAUCAAUGUUGGAGUAACAGCAUUUAAUAUUGAUCAUCUUGGAAUCAAAGCAAUUGUGAAGAAAACUGCGAAGGAAACCAGUCACGUAAUCCUCAACGAGUACAAAAUAAUUGAGAAGGAAGACAAAAAAGAGGGGCCACCACACUGAUCCUUCUAAUCAUUUAACCUUGCCUUAAUGUGUGAAUUGACUUACUCUGUGUGGACAUUCAGGCGAUAAGUUUUGGUUCCCCUCUUGACAAGCUUUUGCUUCUAGCACAGUCAAAGCCUUUACUGUUAUAGCCGAUGGUGUGGAGCUUUACAUUGGUAUCUGGUUUGAACUCUAGAUAGAGCUGGUGUGUCAUUCCAGUCUGCACAUGCGUGCGCACACAAACACACAAAAAAUAAUUUAAUUUAGUUCUCAGGAUGUUUUCUUAAGCAGUACAGAUUUAGGAAUGGAGCGUCUAUAGCUGUGUGUCCUAAAGACUGACCGUGAACCUGUGCCUUUUAGAAUUGCCUAAAGUAUAGAGCAGGGGUGCCAGAAAGGAAGAUGCCCAGAUGUUUUAAAACUACAACUCCCAUGAUGCUUUGAGUGGCAAAGCAUCAUGGAAGCUGUCGUUUUCAAACAUCUGGGGAUCUACCUUUUGGACACACCUGGUAUAGAGUAAAAGGUCAGUUUUUUUUUUUCUUUUUACAAGUAUUUCUUAAAUCUCACCAUAUUUAUUGCAAAACAUCUAAUGAAACCUAAAAUAACACACUGAGCAUUGAACACCAUUCUAUCUUAAAACAAACUAAGUUUGUAGAUAACGGUUGCUAAUUUUAAAAUGACCAUGGUGUUUUAUUAACAUCUUAAAUUUAUACACUACAGUUUGCUAAAACGACUUGCUGUACGGUCAGCAAAGAUGGUUUACUGUACCUGCCUCCUCACUGCAUCUCUACACGUGCUGGUAUCUUAUAAUUGGUUAGCCGCCACUGGCUCCCUAUAGCCUGUGCAGUACUAUGCAUAUUGUUCUCAUUAGUUGUUUAACAUGGCGCAAACAUUUUUUUUAGAGACUUAGCUCCAGAUAAUAAUUGUAACACACAUUGUAAAAAAAAACCUUAUAUAAUAUUUUAUGAAAAAUAAUUAUAUUGUAUGUUUUAAACCAGAAAAUAUGUAUUACUUAUUACAAACAAAAGUAAUCGGAACAUAUUUAUGAAAAGUUAAAAUAUUUUUUAAAACUUUUUCCAGGCAAAGAUCCCUUAAUUCAGUUUCACUGACAUUCUAGUCAUUACAUCUACAAUGGAUUUUAUAGAAUAAUCAUUCUAUAAUUAUAAGGUUAAGGGUAGGUACAAGGUGAAUAAUAAAAAAAGAUAUUCCCCUCAUUUAAAGUGUAGCUUAUUGGAGUAUAUUUAAUAAGCGGUGUGGUUUGGAUUGACGUGAUUAACUGUUCUGAAGUAUGCAAUUACUGAUGACCCCAAAUCUAUAGCUUAUCUGACAGCUUUAUGUAUUAUAUUUUUUAUUUAUUUUUAAAGGUUGAACAGGAGAACUGAAAUCCAAUAAAGCAUUCCUUUUUCAAAGUUUA